AUGGACCGCCAACUACCUGAAAAGGAUACUUCGAGCCUGGAACAACUGUCUGUACAAUCAGAUCUUGCCUACAAUGAUGCUAUACGGGACGCUUUCGAUGCUCCCGCUGCGCCCACUGCUCCAGUAGUUCUCACGCGCAGUGAAAAGUUACAGAUGGCGGUUAAGCAAACUUACGAGCGGAAACAUGAUUUAACGCGCAACGCAAAACAAGUUGAAGAGGGCUGGGUGAAAGCGAACGAGGUGAGGGAGAAAGCGGAUGCGGAUGCGGAAAGCCUGAGGGAUAAAGCUGAAGCAGCCAAAGCUGAAAUCUGGGCCACAAUAAGGCGGAUGGAGGCCGUGCUCAAGAGGAUAGAGGCAGACAGAGCCGCAGACAGGGCUAAAGCAGAGGAAGACAGGGUUAAAGCAGAGGCAGACAGGGCUAAAGCAGAGGAAGACAGGGCUAAAGCAGAGGCAGUCAGGGCUAAAGCAGAAGCAGACAGAGCCGCAGAAAGGGCCAAAAUCAAGAGCCUGGAGGCAAAAUUUGCGACGCUCGAUUCCGAAGUUAAGAUGCUCAAGUCGAAAGUUGAGGUGCUGGAGUUUGAAAAGGCAAAUGUUGAAGCCAGGCUGCGAGCCCACACCCAGGAUAUCGAUUUGGUAUUUGGGAUGGCAAAAGAAGUUGCACAAUAUGUGGCUAGUCAAGAUUCACUCUGGAUGAACCGCAUUCGCCGCCGGGCGAUUGUCAUCAACUCACAAGAGGUCCUGGCAAGAAUUCUUCUUCCAGGUUCUCCACCUGAUAAUAAGAAUCCUCCACCAGACUCUAAGACAUGGAGAAAUAUGCUCGAGUUGGAAGGUAAACUCUCCUUCACAAAGACCUUGAUUAACACCCUCAUGACAGAUGACCUUGCUAUGCAAUGGAUAUCCGAAGACUUUGGGGAGUUUAGGGAUCUUGGAAACGAUGCCGCACAUCCCAAAUACAGCAAAAAGGUCUGGCAGGAAGUCAUUGAUCACAUGAGCAUUGAAAACCAGAUCGAUGAAGAGGAAAAGAGGAGCCUGGGGGUCCUUGUGAAUGUAACCUCGUACUUCAAGAAUGAAUACCUCUAA